CAGGUGACGUGCACUGAAUCAACACGACCGUUCAGUCAUUGCUUUGCAGACUGGUGACUUUGUUAACAAAAGCAGACAAACCUGCUCCAAACACAGAAUAUAAUGGGGAGGAAGAAAAUACAGAUUUCUCGGAUUCUUGACCAGCGAAAUCGACAGGUGACAUUUACCAAGCGCAAAUUUGGUCUGAUGAAAAAAGCCUACGAGCUGAGCGUGUUGUGUGACUGCGAGAUUGCUCUCAUCAUCUUCAACAGCACGAACCGUCUCUUCCAGUACGCCAGCACUGAUAUGGAUAAAGUGCUGCUGAAGUACACCGAAUACAGUGAACCUCACGAGAGCCGUACAAAUACUGACAUACAAGAGACUUUAAAAAGGAAAGGACUGGGAAUGGAUAGUUCUGAGCUCGAAGACAGCAUGGUGAUGGGGACAGAGAAAUAUCAGCUCAGCGAAGGCAUGGACCUCUCAAUCUCUCGCCAGCGCUAUUACGAUCCUUCACUCCGCACAGAAGCUCAGAUGAUGGGUGCGAGUAGUGAGAAUGGCUACACCAACUCCUUGAAUCCAAACCAAGGGGCCCAACGGACUCAAUCCUACAAACCUCUGUGCACCAGGCCUUGGUCAGCUGGUUCUGCUGGAUCAAACUCCCAUACAGCUCUUGUGGGACCACAUGCAGGUCUGGGCUACUCGAUGUUCUCCCAUGGCAACCUGAGCAGGGCGUUGGAGAUUAAGACACCGCCUCCUCUGAGUAUGACCGGUGAUGGACGGCGCCUUGAUGCGCAGGCCGGACUGUGUGGAACCCACAACAAUUUGGCAAAUGCUGUGAGAGAGUCUACCAAAAGAGCGCUGUAUCAUAGUAUGCAUGCCGGUGGACACAUGAUGACGAUGGGGAAGACAGGCUUACUGGGCCACAGUCUAGGGAACUACGGGGCCUCAGACUAUAGCCACCCAGGUUACACUGUGGGUUUCCAUCGUAAUUCAAUGAAUACUUGGCAACCUGUGCCUCAUCAGGAUGCCCAACAGUCAAUGGUUAGCCCUGGGAUUGCCUCAGGAGGAAACUGCUCAUAUACUUCCCAGUGCUCUUCUACCUCCUCACCGCCACACCGCUCCCGCAACAUGACCAUCAAAUCAGAGCGCACCUCUCCUGAGCACAUGCUCUCUGCCUCGCCCCCCGGCCAUCACAUUGUACAGCAUUCACCAAUGGAAGAGCCCAAAGUGACGAACCUCACAACUGCAGAAGAAUAUACGGCUAUGGAGAGACAGCAUGGUCCACCUGGAGACCCUGGAGAAGAGAAAAGCAACCAGCCUCUGAAACAAACCAGGAUCAGUAAUGGAUGGAUAAGAUAACUAGUUGCCCAAGCCUCUUCAGCACAAAUUUAUGGCUCUCUACACUGUAGUUUUUACUUAAAGGGAUAGUUCACCCAAAAAUGAAAACUCUCUCAUUAUUUACUCACCCUCAU